UUACCAAGCCAUUGCUUCUGUAACUGUAUCAGAAUUCACAUUUCUUCCUAUUUCCUUCCAGGGAGCGGUACAGCAUCUUCCUCAAAGUCUUUCCUCUUGAAGAAGUUUUCAGACACAUGAUCAUGGGGAUCCGUUUGCCUGGAAAAAAGUUGCGGCGGUCUCUAUCUGGUCACAAAGAGGUGAAUUCAGCGCCCUUAGACGUUCCAAAGGGGCAUUUCCCAGUUUAUGUAGGAGAAAACCAAAAGAAGAGAUUCGUCAUUCCUCUAUCAUACUUAUCUAGGCCUUCGUUCCGGGACCUGCUGAGUCAAGCUGAGGAGGAGUUUGGCUUCGAUCAUCCAAUGGGAGGCCUCACGAUUCCGUGCAAUGAAGAAGUUUUCCUCAACCUAAUUGACAGAUGAUCAAUCCUGACUAGGGAACUCCUAGAUAGAUUAGUCGAUACACCUCACGCAAUUUUGUAAACAAGUUUACAACCGGUGUACAUGUUUCCCCUCUUGUUUUAGGGACUUCCAGUUUAAGGAGAUAGACAGAUGUAAAAAUUGAUGAUGCAUCUUCGAUUAAUAACAUUAAUUCUUAUGAACAUGAGGAUAUAUGGUUUUCCUAG